GCGACCAACACCUUUAUAUAUUCCACUGCGUUUAAUCUUCAAAACUCAACAGGCAGCGGAGCAAGAACCCAAAACCCCCUACCGCAAAAUAAACCCAUCAAUCGAGAAUCUCUGAGUUUCUGCUAAUCCAGAGCCAGAGAAUUCGUAAAUCGUCGCCAGAAAAGGAAAGGGAUUUUCUUACAAGCAUUUUUGGGAACCCAAUUGUAAGAGGAUUACGAACAAUGUCUCGAACUCCUGCGAAGAGAAAAUCCGAGUCUCGGAGCAGCUCAUCCGUUGCCAAAUCUGCCCGUAUCGACAAAUGUUCUGCUGCUUCAAGAAAAUCUACAACGAAAUUGAGCCUACACAUCAAGGACCUUUUCGAUUCAUAUGUUAACAAGUCAAUUGGCAUGAUUGAUCCUGAAGGGAUUGAAGCAUUGUGCAAAGAUCUAAAAGUGGAUCAUACCGAUGCAAGGAUUCUGAUGCUUGCUUGGAAACUGAAAGCAGAAAAGCAAGGGUAUUUUACAGAGUCCGAGUGGCAGCAAGGAUUGGCAGCUCUUAAAGUUGACAAUAUCACCAAAUUGAGGAAAGCUUUGCCAGGUUUGGAAACAGAGGUCUCAAAGCCUGAAAACUUUGAUGAUUUCUAUAGGUUUGCAUUUAACUACUGUUUAACAGAGGACAAGCAAAAGAAUGUAGAUGUUGAUAGCGCUUGUGUACUACUGGACCUUGUCCUCAAAUCAAAAUAUCCUUCCCAGGUCAAACACAUGAAGCUCUACCUUCAGAAUCAGAGAGAUUAUAAGGUGAUAAACAAAGAUCAGUGGAUCAACAUCCUCAGAUUCUGUCAGGAGAUAAGCUUUCCGGACCUUGCGAAUUAUGACUCAGCUCAAGCAUGGCCAUUGAUUCUGGAUAAUUUUGUGGAUUGGAUGAAGGAAACUCAAAGCUAACCUCGAAGAGGAGUUCAAUUCUUAGUCCUGUAACAAAGUUUUGCAAAGGAUUUUGCUCUGAAACUAACAAGUUUGCCUCGUUGCUAACCAAAGUUUUGCUGGUUUUGUCGGAUGCUAACGGACAUUUUUGAGAAUAGUGCUUUUCUUCGGCACAAAUUUGGAUCUCUUCUAUUCUAUCCAUAUAUCAUUGCGGAAGCCUUUGGUUGAUCUGAUUUUGCAUCAAAAUGGUGUGCAACUAUUGUCACCAUACUGAGAGUUUUUUAUUUUGCAACUACAAUUUUGCGAGAUUUUUUUUAGUUGAGAGAGAUUUGUCAAGUGAAAGUAUGUUCUUGAUGUGGUGGCAUUCGAAAGAUACACAGUGAAAUGAUAACAUUUUCAUUAUUCACUUCAGCAAGAUGUUUGGGUGAAGGCAAUUAAACAGAGAACUGUUUUUGACAGUUUUGCACAAACAAACAGAGACAUUUGGUGUCCAGAAUUCCUUUGCAUUUAUAUCCUUGUGCUUCUCACACUUUUAGUAUUAUGUUAUUAUUGUCUCCAUCCCAGAUGAAGAGUAAUGUUAAAAAGAGAUCCAAC